GCUCGGGUGAGUGAGUCUCCGUUUUUCUGGUUCUUACCAGCGGUCGCGCUCAUCAAAUCCCUCCUCCACACCCAGGUUUCGGGGUCACCUGUACAGAUGUUGAUGGAUGGGCUGGAUUGAUGUGGAACUUUGUUCCAGCAGAGCCCAUCCGUUCAUGAUGCAGAGACUGCUCAGACCUCAUCUCCACAGUAUAACCUUACCUGAGAAAGAAGACCAGAAGAGGGAAAAAAGGAGGAAUGGCUCUUUUCCAGGGGCGGUUGACAUUCAGGGAUGUGGCCAUAGAAUUCUCUCAGGAGGAGUGGGAGUGCCUGGACCCCGCUCAGAGGGCCUUGUACAGGGACGUGAUGUUGGAGAACUACAGGAACCUGGUCUCCCUGGGUGAGGAUAACUUCUCUCCAGAAGUUGGAAUCCCUUCUGAUGGAUUUGCAAUCAAGGAAUUAUCACCAACAGAAGACAUUAAUAAAGGCGAAUUUUACCACUUAGUGAUAUUGGAGAGAAAUGAAAGUUAUGGAAUCAAGGAUUUUGAUCUCCAGGAAUCCUGCGAAAAUAUGCAUGAGUUUGAGAGUCAGUGGGGAUAUGAUGCAAGAAAUUACAAAGAAGUGCCUUUGUCCCAUAACAAAAAUCUCACUUGUAGAAAAGACCAGCAACUUAAUCAGACCUCAGUUACUCUUCCUGAAAAGCAGAGUGUUUCUGUAAGAAAUAAUACGUACCAGUAUUUCAUGGAUGAUGAGCCAUUUAUGAGGAAUUUGCUAAAAAUGGACAAUAACAGAAGUGGUGCUGGAAACCAGUACAUAAACCGCAUGGAAAAUAGAAUUGGAUUAAGUUUGCAGGCACAUCUGGCUGAACUGCAGAGAUUUCACAAUGAGGAGAAAAUGUGUGACUGUAAUCUGACUGAGAAGUCUGUCAACAGUGGUUCCUCAGUCUCACCACUUCAAAGAAUUCCUCCCAGUACCAAAAACAUUUGGAACAAAUACAGGAAGGUUUUUAAGUAUCCUUUGUUACCUGCACAAUACAGGAGAGCAUACACUAGAGGAAUUUCUUACAAAUGUAAUGACUGUGGGAAGGCUUUUAGCAAAAGUGCAAACCUCAUGAGUCAUGAGAGAAUUCAUUCUGGACAGAGACCUUACAAAUGUAAUGACUGUGGCAAAGCUUUUACAGACCGUUCAAAUCUUAUUCAUCAUAGAAAAAUCCAUACUGGAGAGAAACCUCACAAAUGUAACGAGUGUGGCAAAGCAUUUACCCAAUUUGGAAACCUUGCUAGGCAUCAGAAAACACACACUGGAGAGAAACCACACAAAUGUAAUGUGUGUGACAAAGCUUUUACUCGAAGUUCAAGCCUUAUGGCACAUCAGAGAAUUCAUACAGGAGAAAAACCUUAUAAAUGUAAUAAAUGUGAUAAGGCUUUUAUCAAACAUUCACACCUUUGGGGUCAUGAGAGAACUCAUACUGGGGAGAAACCUUACAAAUGUAGCGAGUGUGGCAAAGCCUUUGCUGAGCGUUCACAUCUUACUCAACAUAGAAAAAUCCAUACUGGAGAGAAACCUUACAAAUGUAAGGAGUGUGGCAAAGCAUUUACCCAAUUUGCAAAUCUUACUAGGCAUCAGAAAAUACACACUGGGGAGAAACCAUACAAAUGUAAUGUGUGUGACAAGGCUUUUACCGAAAGUACAAGCCUUAUGAGACAUCAGAGAAUUCAUACAGGAGAAAAACCUUAUAAAUGUAAUAAAUGUGAUAAGACUUUUAGUAAACGUUCAGACCUUUGGGGUCAUGAGAGGACUCAUAGUGGAGAGAACAAAUGUAACGAGUGUGGCAAAGUGUAUGAGCAUCUUGCUCAGCAUAAGAAAAUCCAUACUGGAGAGAAACCUUAUGAAUGUAAUGAGUGUGGCAAAGCUUUUACGAGGCAUCAGAAAAUACAUGUGAAAAGAAAGAGUAUAAACUAUAUCAUGUGUGGUGGUGCUUUUAUUCAAAGUUUAAGCUUUGGGUGUCAUGAAAGAACUCAAAGUGGAAAGAAACCUUCGUCCAUCACCGAUACUGACCACCCGGCUUUAACUUCAUUAAACAAGGAGCUGUCACUGUCCGGGUCUCAGUCGCCCCACGAGGACCCCCGGCCCCAGGUAGCAUCGCUGCUCCGCCUCUCCCGCUGGAGGCCAAUCUCCACCGCUCCAUGGGCUAAAAAUGUUUCCAUGGGCACCGUGAUCAACUUGUCAAAUACCACCACUCCCAACAGAAGCGGCCCACCCUUCCCUAGCCUUGUGCCCAGCCUGGCUCCAAACGACACCAGCGGGACUGGAAGGAAUCCAAGAGCAGAACCCGAAACCGCGGGGCAGGAAGGACAAACAGAAGACCUACGGCAGGCCCCCGUGUGGUGCAAGGCUGGAGACCUAGCGCGCCAGGGUCCCGCCCACACCCGCCGCUUCCGCAACCGCCCCGGCUCCGCCCUGAGAGCGCCCAGGCUGACCGACGAGACCCAUGCGCAUGCGCGCUUUCCUGCAGACCCGGAAGCCGAUUUCCCGGAGCAACGGUUGCGCUCGGAUGAAUUUUAUUGUCCCUGCAUCCCUCCUGUUGCAGUAGGCAGCAAAGGACUUUUUCCCAUAGGGCGGUUGACAUUCAGGGAUGUGGCCAUAGAAUUCUCUCAGGAGGAGUGGGAGUGUCUGGACCCUGCUCAGAGGGCCUUGUACAGGGAUGUGAUGCUGGAGAACUACAGGAACCUGGUCUCCCUGGGUGAGGAUAACUUCCCUCCCGAAGUCGGAAGCCCUUCAGCUGGAUUUGUAAUCAAGGAAUUAUCACCAAUAGAGGACAUUAAUAAAGGAGAAUUGUGCCACCUGGUAAUACUGGAGAGAAAUGAAAGUCAUGGCAUCCAGGAUUUUGAUCUCAAGGAAGUCUGGGAAAAUAUGCAUGAGUUAGAGACUCAGUGGGAGUAUGAUGCAAGAAAUUACAAAGAAGUGCCUUUGACCCAUGACAAAAAUCUCACUUGUGGAAAAGACCGGCAACUUAAUCAGUCCUCAGUUACUCUUCCUGUAGAGCAGAGUGUUUCUGUAAGAAAUAAUAUGUACCAGUAUUUCAUGCAUGAGGAGCCAUUUAUGAGGAAUUUGUUAAAACUGGGCGGUAACAGAAGUGGUUCUGGAAACCAGUACAUAAACUGCGUGGAAAAUAGAACUGGAUUAAGUUUGCAGGCACAUCUGGCUGAACUCCAGAGAUUUCACAGUGAGGAGGAAAUGUAUGAAUGUAGUAAUCCAAUUGAGAAGUCUGUCAGCAAUGGUUCCUCAGUCUCACCACUUCAAGGAAUUCCUCCCAGUACCAAAAACAUUUGGAAUAAAUCUAGGAAGAUUUUUAAAUAUCCUUUGUUACCUGCACAAGACAGAAGAGCAUACACUAGAGGAAAAUCUUACAAAUGUAAUGACUGUGGGAAGGCUUUUAGCAAAAGCUCAAAUCUCAUGAGUCAUGAGAGAAUUCAUUCUGGACAGAGACCUUACAAAUGUAAUGACUGUGGCAAAGCCUUUAUGGAGCGCUCACAUCUGACUCGACAUAAGAAAAUCCAUACUGGAGAGAAACCUUACAAAUGUAAUGAAUGUAGCAAAGCCUUUGCUGAGCGUUCAGGCCUUACUCAACAUGAGAAAAUCCAUACUGGAGAGAAACCUUACAAAUGUAAUGAGUGUGGCAAAACUUUUAAGCAGUGCUCCCACCUCAUUAGACAUCAGGAUACACAUCCUGGAGAGAAACCAUACAAAUGUGAUGUAUGUGGCAAGGCUUUUAUCCAAAGCUAUAACCUUAUAGAACAUCAGAGGAUCCAUACAGGAGAAAAACCAUAUAAAUGUAGAAAAUGUCAUAAGGCUUUUAGCAGACGUUCAAACCUCUGGGGUCAUGAAAGAACUCAUACUGGAGAGAAACCUUACAAAUGUAAUGAAUGUGGCAAAGCUUUUACCAAAUUUUCAAAUCUUACUACACAUCAGAAAAUACACACUGGAGAGAAACCAUACAAAUGUAAUGUGUGUGACAAGGCUUUUAUCCAAAGUUCAAACCUUACUGACCAUCAGAGAAUUCAUACAGGUGAAAAACCGUAUAAAUGUAAUAAAUGUGAUAAGUCUUUUAUCAAACGUUCACAUCUUUCGGGUCACGAGAGAACUCAUACUGGAGAGAAACCGUUCAAAUGUACUGAGUGUGGAAAAGCCUUUACGGAACGUUCACAUCUUACUCAGCAUAAGAAAAUCCAUACUGGAGAGAAACCUUAUAGAUGUAAUGAGUGUGGCAAAGCUUUUACCCAAUUUGCAAACCUUACUAGGCAUCAGAAAAUACAUAGUGAAAAGAAACAGCAUAAACCUAAUAUGUGUGGCAGUGCUUUUAUUCAAAGCUCAAGCUUUGGGGAUCAUCAAAGAACUCAUAGGAGAAAGAAACCUUGCAAAUAAAAUGAGGAAGGCUUACUCAACAGCAGAGAUUCCAUCAUGGAGAGGAACCAUAUGAAACUACCAUGUGGCAAAGCUUGUAACCAUGGCUCACACCUCCCCUGAUAUCAGAAUAUAAAUCUCUAAAAGAAAGCACACAAAUGGAUUGUAUGGCAAGGCUUAUCCAAAGCUUAUUAUGUCUUGUGAAUGUAAUUUUUACUAGAGGGAAACCUUACAAAUGUAAUGAGUAUGAUCAGGUUUAUAAAAAAUGUACAGAUUGGGGAGGGGGGUAAAAUAGGUGGAUGGGAUUAAGAGGUACAGACUUCCAGUGAUUAAAAAAAAAACCCAAAAUGUACAACUUUGUGGUUUGUGGUCUUGAAAGAAUUCACAUAACAUGGAAACCAUAGAAAUAUGUCAAAGUGUUUACCUUAGGAAACACUAAAGAAUUCAUACUGGACAGAAACAUUACAUGUGUAAUGAAGGUGAUUGUUUAGCCAGUGGACUACAAUAAGAAAAUUCACACUAGGGGGAAGUAGGUCUAUUUGGAGGAUUAACCAAUCUUAGGUGUUACAUUUCAUAGAAAUUUAAACUCAGGAGAUGAUGUGAGUCAAUGGAACAAGUGUAUCUGUGGAAAGACCUAAACAUCUUCUGUUUAAAUCUUUUUUAAAGAUUUUAUUUUCCUCUCUACACCCAUCAUGGGGCUCAAACUCAAAACCCUAAGAUCAAGAGUCACAUGCUCUUCCAGCUGAGCCAGCAAUGCACCCCUAUAGCUUUUUUUUUUUUUUUAAUUAUUUGAGGUUUCUUGAGGCUUCAUUAUUGAUGACUUUAUAACCUCAAGUUUGGAAUCCAAUGAUGUUAUACUUUCAUUACAUGCAUUUCAUUUGUCAACCAUGGUGGUUUCAGAGAAAGCAUCAGUAAGGUUAAAGGAACUUAUUUCAUUAGGUGGGGCUUAGUCAUAUGUGUAUACCCUGGAAAAACUAGGAUGCUAAUUUUAAGAUACAGUAUAGUAUAAAUCUGAGAGCAUGGGGAGUGGUAGGGAAUAGAUCUAAAACUGUUACCCUAAUUGUCAUGUUUUCUGUGGUCAUAGGCACUUCUCUGGAUUUGUUGGUAUCAUUGAGAGCCUUUGUUGGUUAAUACAGGAAAUUAAUACUCUAUCAGAAAGAUGAUCAUGAAACAGAGUAGAUCGUUACAUUGACAGAAUGAGAUUUUUAUGUGAGAAUGAUGGGUUACUGGAGAUGAUAUACGUGGUAGAGAAAAUGGAGGGUAAUGAUGGUCUCUCCCUCUUUGAAAGGUAAUAGUUAUAUAUCAUGAAUGAAUAAAAAUUACUCUUAUUUUUGGAAACUGAAAAGUUAUAGAGGACAUUUUAAUCAGAAGAACCAAGGUAUGGGUGACCGGGUGGCUCAGUGUGUUGAGUGUCUGGCUUGAUUUUGGCUCAGGGUCAUGUGAUAAACCUCUUUGUUGGGCUCUCUGCUGAGCGUGGAGCCUUAGGAUUCUCUCUCUCUCUUUGCCCCUCUUGCCUACUUGUGCUCUCUCUAAAAACAAAACAAAAACAAACCCAAAAGUAGUAUGCUUGUGAAGGAUUCAAAUUUGACCACUGAAAUUGCAUUUUGAUACUAUUUGAUUUAGGAUACCCUAUUUCUCAUAUCUAAGUAACUAAAAUGUAAGCUUUUGUGUAACCUUAAAUGAAUCAUGUGACUGUUAUUAGCCCAUGUGCAUCCCACCUCCUUGGGGCAUUUCAUAAUGAACACUAAUAAUACAUCCUUUGGCUCUGUAGGUUGAAUAUCACCCAUAACAAUUUUUUCCAUGUUAGAUUCAGAUGUGCAGUUCAGGAAAUAUAUAUUCAUAAGUUGAAUUUGAGAGUUCAAAUUCAUAGUAUAUCUCAGUAUAUCUCAAAGUUCAUAGUAUAUGUCAGAUUAUUUUUGUUGCUGUAAUGAAAAUAACCAUAGUGCAAUUUCAAACUCUCACCCUCUAAAACCUGCCUCCUCAUUCAUGAAUAUACUCCAUAUGAUAAUAUUUAUACAUACCUUUUAUGCUAAAAUGAGACUAGUGUGUUGCACCGUUACAUUAAAUGAAAACAAAAAGUAGGCAUAUGAAAAGUAUUGGGAAGUAAAAGAAAAUUUCAGAAGUAAGGAUAAAGAUACUUAUAAGAAUACAGAAGAAGUUAAGAAGAUACUGUAAGAAGUAAGGAUAAAGGUAACACAACAUUUUGUGCCGGUGUGCUCAGGGAAAUAAUUUGAAAAGGUAAACGUUCAUGAAUUUACUCUCAAGAGCGAACAUACACAAUGGGAAUCUUUUUUGAUAAUGAGAAGUCUCACAUAUUUACCCUCUAAAACAUUUUUUGCUCAUUUGCACUUGUGCUUACUCCACUGGAACAGGAUGUUUGGAUGUCAAGAAUGAUGACUGUUCACUCAAGUGUUCGGAGAAUAUUUAUUACAUAAAGAUGCUUUCUCAGGAGAGCAGGGUAGACUUCUCAAGUUCUGAAAAUGGCUAGAGAAAGCAGGGAAUGGUGGCUACUUUGUUAUGAUGCAUACUGUGCGGGGCCGGGGUGAUGGUACUCAUUUACACUGUGAAUUUAUAACUACGGCCAAGGGAAGGGCCUCUCAGGAGUCAUUAUUAGCUUUUCCUGUCCAGAUGGGCAGAAUAGUAAGAGGUGUAAUGACGCUUCACAGGUAUCAUUAGUUGGGCAUCAAAAGUAGAGUCAGACUCUUUAGUAUAAAACUGAAUGUUUCUCCUAACUGACUUCGUUGGGAAAGACCACAAUCUUCCUCAUGCUAACUACUGCCUUCUCUUUCCUGAUGCACACAUAGACCCCACCACACAAUAUGAUUAUGGAAACUGGUUGUGAACUACAGUUGAGCUAAACUACCAAAGACAUUUUUAGACCAUGUCAUGAUUCUUUUUCUAGUAAGUUAUAGUCUAAUAUUAAUAUACAUUCAGAAGUGAUAGAACAUUUCCCCACUAUAAGCCUUUUGUAGAACUCUCGCUUUAAAGGAGAAUGGAAUGAACGGAAUCUCAAAAUCAGUCCUUCCAGUUUUCUACCAAGAUACUAGAAUCAGGGAAUGCCUGGGUGGCUCAGGCAAUUAUGCAUCCAACUCUUGAUUUUGUCUCAGGUCAUGAUCUCAUGGUUCGUGGGAUUGAGCCUCAGGUUGGGCUCCACACUGAGCAUGGAAAAAUAAACAAACUUUAAAAAACUUUUCAAAAAGGUACUAGAAUUAGAAUAUCUGUAUUGAAACUUGGCAAAUCAGUUUUAAAUUCAUGUAAAUAAAAUUAAUAAAUUUCAAAGGAAAUCUGUAAGAAGACACCAAGGAUUAGUAAUUUUUGACACAUUUUUAACACCUCUCAGACUGCUGGUGGGUUGCACGCAACAUUAUACUCUCUGAACAAAGUCCACUGACAAAAUCUGUUUCAUUCUACAGUUAUCCUUGACUACCUUGUCAUUUAAUAAGGGGUAUAUUUAAACCUGGUCUGCAAAAUGUUUUCUUUACCAUCUUUUUAUCUUGUUGUUGAGGCAUGAAUAUGACAUUUGAAAAUUCCCCAGUAUCCUUAUUGUAUUUAAUUAAUUUAUUUUUGAGAGAGUGCACACAAGUAGGGAACAGUGGGAGAGGGAGAGAAUCAGGCUCCACGCUCGGUGCAGAGCUGACACGGGAUUCGAUCCCACUAUCCUGGCAUCAUGGCCUGGGCCCAAAUCAAGAGUCUUGACCCUCAACUAACUGACUGAGCCACCCAACCCCCCACCCAUAUCUUUAUCAAAAUUGCAUUAUUAAAGCAUUUUCUUAAUGUUUAUUUUUGAGAGAGUGGGCGAGGGGCAGAGAGAAACAGAGACACAGACUCCAAAGCAAGCUCUCGG